AUGUCGACCAGCCACAAAUUAAAGAGCCGUGGCAUGAGGAAAAGCAAGAGCAGAUCUCCUCACAAGGGAGUCAAGAGAGGUGGCAGCAAAAGAAAAUACCGAAAAAGCAGCAACAAGAGCAGAAAACGGGGCGAUGAUGCCAGUCGCAACAACCGCUCCCACUUAUGA